AUGAACCUCGCUAUACAGAAUCUUGGUAUUAAUGACCCCUUCACAAAUGAAAACAUUGUUGAUGAGGGGAAUGGUAAACCUAGCACGACGAAUUUAAUACAUAUCAGAAACCAACAAAGAAAUGGUAGAAAGAGCGUUACGACAGUGCAAGGAUUAGGAAAAACGUAUGAUUUGAAAAAAAUUGUCCGAGCCUUAAAAAAGGAAUUCAACUGUAAUGGAACAAUCAUAGAGGAUAGCGAACAUGGUUCAAUUAUUCAACUGCAGGGAGACAAGAGAAAUAACGUUAAAGACUUUUUAAUACGAGAAGGAAUUUGUGCAGGGGACCAUAUACGUAUACAUGGAGCUUAA